CUUCCUCUUUGUGCGUCUCGCGCUGCCCGCCCGCCGCCGCUGUCGUCGUCGCCGCCGCGCCCGCCGCGUGAGAGGAAGGAGCUCGCGCUCGGUCGCUCGCAGUGCGGUCCGGUUCGCUCGGAGGAGGCUCGCCGCCCGUGCCGCGACCCCACGAAGGUUCGCGAAGCCGAAACCCAAGUCGCCGACCCGGAGCCGCCGUCACCGCCCCAGCCGCCGCCGGCGCCGGUCCCCGGGGGCGCCAUGGCGACCGGAGCGAACGCCACGCCGCUGGGUAAGCUGCACCCGCCGGCCGCGGCCCCGCCCGGUCUUCCCCCGGGGCCCGGGCCUAAGCGGGUCUUCGAGCCGCCGCCGCGCCGCGCCCCGGGGCCGGGGGGGAGCGGGCCGGGGCCUGGGGCGGGGCUGAUGGCGGCGCCGCUGGCCGCGGCCUUCCCCUUUACGGCGCUGCCGCCGCCGCCGCCCCCGCCGCCGCCUCCCGCAGCCGCUGCCGGUCCCGGCCCGGCCUCCGGGCCCCAGCCGCCGGGCCCCGCGUACCCGCAGGCGCAGCCGCCCCCUCCGCCGCCGCCUUCUUCGCAGCCGCCCCAGCCGCCGCCGCCGCUCUUCCAGCACGUGUCUCCGCCGCAGCCACCGCCGCAGCCGCUCCAGGACCCGCAGCCGGGCCCGGCCGGCGGGGCAGGAGAUUUCCCAAAUAAGAAGAGGAAGAGGAGCCGAUGGAACCAGGACACAAUGGAACAGAAGACAGUGAUUCCAGGAAUGCCAACCGUCAUCCCCCCUGGCCUUACGAGGGAACAAGAAAGAGCUUAUAUAGUGCAACUGCAGAUAGAAGACCUGACUCGCAAACUGCGCACAGGAGACCUGGGCAUCCCCCCUAACCCUGAGGACAGGUCCCCUUCCCCUGAGCCCAUUUACAAUAGCGAGGGGAAGCGACUCAACACGAGGGAAUUUCGGACCCGGAAGAAGCUGGAGGAAGAAAGACACAACCUCAUCACUGAGAUGGUGGCGCUCAACCCUGACUUCAAACCACCUGCAGAUUACAAACCUCCGGCAACCCGGGUAAGCGACAAGGUGAUGAUACCGCAAGAUGAAUAUCCAGAAAUCAACUUUGUGGGACUUCUCAUUGGGCCCAGGGGCAACACCUUGAAGAAUAUUGAGAAGGAGUGCAAUGCCAAGAUUAUGAUCCGGGGGAAAGGGUCCGUGAAGGAAGGCAAGGUUGGGCGCAAGGAUGGACAGAUGCUGCCAGGGGAAGAUGAGCCCCUGCAUGCCCUAGUUACUGCCAACACCAUGGAGAAUGUCAAAAAGGCAGUAGAGCAGAUUCGGAACAUUCUGAAACAGGGCAUUGAAACCCCGGAGGACCAGAAUGACUUACGGAAGAUGCAGCUUCGAGAAUUAGCCCGCUUGAAUGGGACUCUCCGGGAGGAUGACAACAGGAUUUUGAGACCGUGGCAGAGCUCGGAGACCCGGAGCAUCACAAAUACCACCGUCUGCACCAAGUGUGGAGGGGCCGGCCACAUUGCUUCAGAUUGCAAAUUCCAAAGGCCUGGUGACCCCCAAUCAGCCCAGGACAAAGCCCGCAUGGAUAAAGAAUACCUGUCUCUCAUGGCAGAGUUGGGUGAAGCUCCCGUCCCAGCUUCUGCUGGCUCGGCCUCCGGGCCUGCCACCGCACCCCUGGCCAGCGCCCCUCGACCUGCUGCCCCCGCCAACAACCCACCGCCGCCGUCUCUCAUGUCCACUACCCAGAGCCGGCCACCGUGGAUGAACUCGGGACCCUCAGAGAAUCGUCCGUACCAUGGCAUGCAUGGCGGAGGACCUGGUGGGCCUGGCGGUGGACCUCACAACUUUCCCCAUCCACUGCCCAGCCUGACGGGCGGGCACGGCGGCCAUCCCAUGCAGCACAACCCUAAUGGGCCCCCACCCCCCUGGAUGCAGCCACCACCGCCACCGAUGAACCAGGGGCCCCACCCACCUGGGCACCAUGGCCCUCCUCCAAUGGAUCAGUACCUGGGAAGUACGCCUGUGGGCUCUGGGGUCUAUCGCCUACAUCAAGGAAAAGGUAUGAUGCCGCCUCCGCCUAUGGGCAUGAUGCCGCCACCGCCGCCUCCCAGUGGGCAGCCCCCACCCCCUCCCUCUGGCCCUCUUCCCCCAUGGCAGCAGCAGCAGCAGCAGCCUCCGCCUCCCCCGCCGCCCAGCAGCAGUAUGGCUUCCAGUACCCCCUUGCCAUGGCAGCAAAGAUCCGUCCCCGCGGCGGUGGCCCGCGCCAUGCGAGUGAGGACUUUCCGCGCCCAUUGGUGACCCUUCCGGGGAGACAGCCUCAGCAGCGCCCCUGGUGGACGGGAUGGUUCGGCAAAGCAGCUUGACUUAUUUUUGUGGACGGAAUCGGAACACGCUGGCUCCAUAUCGUGAAUUUUUUAUUAUUUUUUUUCUUCCUUUUCCUUUGUAUUUCCUUUUCUCUUGCUUUCCUCAGACUCCGUCCAAGGAGAUGCUGUCCCCGGUCUUCCGCUGCAGUUACCCCCCUUUUCCUUCUUCCCAGGCCUAGAUUGUUGGCUUUCUGUAGUACAGGGAGCAAGUGGAGAUUUCCCCUGUGGUGUGGUGGGCUGGGUAGAAAGGGUAUCAGGGGCCCAGGGCCAGGCUCCUUCCUUCUCGGCUCGUGCCUGAAGAAGUUGUGUCCAGCCCCUUACAGACCCCCUCGUGGGGCCGUGGCAGGGCUUUGCCAACUCUGCCUGCCCUUUGAUCUCAUUUGCUCCUCCUGCUGACAGAAUGUCUUUCUUCAAUUUAUUUUAGUCCCAAAUGUCUGAAUGUUUUGUGGUGGGGGGGAGAGGCUCCCCCUCUGCUCCCUCCUCCCCCCUUCCCUCUUCAUGGAGUGAUUAUGUGGACGAUGAUGUGUAAAGCACUCUUUUCUUCCUCACCGCUUUCUCUGCAGAGAUUUCUUUUGGCCUAUUAUUUGGUGUACAAUAAAACACUGCAUUAAAAGGGGGAUGUUCCAUUGAGUAAAACAGCA